AUGCGCCUAUCCAGUCUUGUGGGGUAUGCACUUGGGCCUCUGCUGGGCUCUGCAACGAUCCUCCAGAAUGGUCAGGUUCGGGACAAAGUUUUCCCCGACACGACGAUUUCGUCAAUCGCUAGCAACUCCAACUGGACUUCUUUCCUCCCCAAUGCCACUGAAAUCUCCUACAAAGGUCGUUGGGAUUCUGAACACGUAUCCUGGUGGUCGGCUCCAGGUCUGAAGUUUGGCUUCACUGGGGACAAAGUAGCCAUUAGCUUUGGCCAGUACACUUCUCAAGGUGUGCUCAUCGCAUACCGAUUUGCCGGUCAGGACUGGUUGUUUACGAACGUGACUGCCAAUACAACCCACCAACUUGUUGAUUCAUCGACUGUUGGGUUCAACCUUACGACUCAAGCACAAAAGCCUCAGACCUUCGAGCUCCGCGUCACAAACUAUGCGUAUGGUGUCCAGAUCGCCGGUAUCCAUCUCAGCAAAAACGCCAAACUUGUCAAGAUCCUAAACUUUCCCAGAAAGAUUGAAAUUAUCGGCGACAGUCUAUCGGCAGGCCAGUACGGUACUUAUGAGGGAGUAUCAAGCUAUGCCUGGGGUCUAGCUGAAGGCCUAGGAAACGUCGAGUUUGACAUCACAGCAUAUCCAGGCAUCUGUCUCGUAGACCAGAACUGUUGGGGUAAUGCUCAUGGCCAGACAUAUCAAUGGCUUCGAACUUCCGAUACUUCGCACCGCUCGGAAGUAAUCUAUGGCGACAAUCCUCCAGUCUGGGACUUUUCGCGUCAUCAACAAUCAGAUAUUGUGGUUAUCAAUCUGGGCACUAACGACAACAAUACUCACAACAAUGUUACCAACGAAAAGUAUCUGAGCAGUUAUAUCGAUUUUGUUGGUCAGGUACACCACGAGUACCCCAAGGCUCAGAUCAUAUUGAUUGCUCUAUGGAAUGGAUUCAAUCAAGUCGGCAAUACAUGGCAGCAAGGUGGCGCUUUUAUCGACGAGAUCCAGCAGGUGUAUUCUCACUACCAACACACUGGUUUUGUGCACUACUUUAACACAACUGNNGGACCUCAAUACCAUCCGACCGACGUUGGGCAUAUCAAGCUUGCAAGCCAUCUGAUGCAAUACAUCAAGUUGAAGUUUGGAUGGGUGUUUGGAGCCACAGGUCCGGAAGUGCAGGCAGAUACGCUAUACUGGAAUGAC